AAGUCAAGGGAUAACGGCGAUCCUCCCGAUUCUAAAAAACAAAAAAAAUCAACAUUUUCAUCCCUUGACUUUGAAAUUUUUGGUGCAGUUGAAAUUUGUAAAAAUGGACGGUUAGCUGAGGACGUGUGACAACUUGUUACGUUGCCGUAGAGAACAAAUGAAGUGGAAGGAUUUGACCACGCCUGAAAUGCGUGAAAGAUGGGUUCACCUUCACAAUGUUAAAAGCUGAAAGGAAAAUGAUAGUUUUGCACUUUUGCUUGGAUAAAUCAAUUUUCUCAAAGUGAGGUAGAAGCCAAUUAAUCAUUUAGUAGGAUCUUGAAACCUUGAACUUACCAGCAGCGUGAACGGAAACAAGGGACUCAGCAGGUUCUUUCAAGCAAAGAUUAUGGCGGAGAUAGUUUUGGGUCCCCUGCUACAGGUUGUCUUUGAAAAACUAGCCUCUCGGUUCCUGAAAGAGAUUGCUAAUCGUUGUGGGCUCAAGGAUGAAAUCAAGAAGCUUCAACGUGCGUUGCGCACAAUCCAGUCCGUGCUUCAAGAUACAGAAGAGCGGCAAGCUGCAGAUAAAAGUUUGAAGUUGUGGUUAAGUGAGCUUAAAGAGGUAGCUUUUGAUGCUGAUGACUUGCUUGAAGAGUUUGGCCCGGAGGCUAUGAUGCAAGAAAACGACAGUAGCUUGACUGAGCAGGAGAGCAGCAUUGUUCCCUCUUUGAGACCUUUCAUAACAUAUCUUAAAAGGUUGCCUGAAUUAAAGAAGAUUAGGGAGAGACUAGAUGUGUUAUUGGAAGAAAGGUCUAAUUUCAAGCUCAAGAAAAAAGAUGGUGAGAAAGCGAUUAAAAGUGAACAGAGAAGAGAAACUGGUUCUUUUGUGAUUGAAUCUGAAGUUAUAGGGAGGGAAGACGAUAAAGAAAAGAUAGUAGAGAUGUUACUGUUAACCACUGAGAGAAGAGCUAUUGAGUUUGUCUCAGUUAUACCCAUAGUUGGUUUAGGCGGCCUUGGUAAACCCACACUUGCUCAACUAGUCUAUAAUGAUGAAAGGGUGAUAAGAAAUUUUGAACUGAGGACGUGGGUAUGUGUUAAUGAUGAUUUUCAUGUGAGAAAGAUUGCUAGCUUGAUGAUAGAAUCUGCAACCAGGAGAAGAUGUGAAGAUCUCAUGGGGAUGGAUGCUGUUCAGUCUCAACUACGAGACUUAUUAUUCAGGAGAAGAUAUUUGCUUGUAUUAGAUGAUGUAUGGAACGAAGAUGUGGAUGAAUGGGAUAGGCUUAAAAGUUUGCUCAAGUUAGGCGCAGAAGGAAGCAAAGUCAUAGUCACAACAAGAAGUGCAAAGGUUGCAACAAUUAUGGGAACCGUCUGUUCUCACCAUUUGAAAGGUCUGUCCCAUGAUGACUGUUGGGCUUUGUUCAAGCAACGCGCCUUUGCAAAUGAUCAAGAAGACUACCCAAACCUGUUGCCAAUUGGGAAACAAAUAGUGAAAAAAUGUGGGGGUGUUCCUUUAGCAGCAAAGACGCUAGGGAGUCUAAUGCGCUUCAAAAGAAAGCCAGAGGAAUGGCUAUCUGUGCAGGAAAAUGAUCUUUGGAAUGUUUGCGAAACUGAAAAUGGGAUAUCACCAGCCCUACGGUUGAGUUAUAGUCAUUUGCCAUCACAUCUGAAAGGAUGCUUUAUGUACUGCUCAAUCUUUCCUAAGAAUUAUGUUAUCAAGAAAGAGAAGUUAAUCCAUCUUUGGGUUGCGGAAGGCUUAAUUCAAUCAUGUGAAUACCCUAUGAGAGGAACUCGAUCAAGUGAAGAAAGAAAAUCUCCUGAGGACGUUGGGAACGAUUAUUUUAAUGACUUGAUUUGGAUUCAUUUCUUUGAAGAGGUGAAGAAAAACAGUGAUGGUGAUGUAAUAGAGUGUAAAAUGCAUGAUCUUAUUCAUGAUCUUGCAAAAUCUGUUGCUGGAGAAGAGUUUUUCAUAUUUGAAGGUGAUUGCCUACCAAAAAAUCUGCUAGAGUUCGAUACUCGUCUGUGGUUUGCCAUUCUGAAUCAUUUACUAUUCUAGAAGCCUUAUAUGAAGCAAAGAAGUUGUGAACUUUUUUUUUUUUUCCAACGGUGACUCUGGUGAAGUCCCAGCCAAACUGUUUUCAAAUUUUAGGAAACUACGAGUCCUAGAUCUGGGUUAUAGUGGCAUCAAAAGGCUGCAAAGCUCGGUUUCUUGCUUGAAGUAUUUGAGGUACCUCGACCGAUCAAACACCUUUAUCACAACUUUACCAGAAACUAUAUGUAGCCUCUGCAACUUGCAGGUUUUAAACCUUUCAGGUUGCUCUGAUUUAACCAGCCUGCCAAGGAGCUUAGCUAGACUGUGCAUGCUAAGACAUCUGAUUAUAAAUGAUUGUGAAAGGUUAACUUGCUUGCCAGAUUACAUUGGUGCACUAUUUCAACUUCGGACAUUGCCAAUCUUUUUUGUAUCAAAGGAGAGUGAUAACUUUAAGCAGUUGAAGAGACUGCGGCUUA